AGGUCCGUCAGGGGGCAGAGGGUUAUUUCUCUGAGCUCCACAGUAAACCUCUCUCUCUGUGUGUGAGUGUUUUCUCGGAGCUCCGUCAGGAUGAGAACAGCGCUGCUCCUUGUUUUCCUGCUUCCUGCUCUGACGCUGUCAGCACCAGCAGGGAGCGAUGACCUGCUGGUUUCUCUGAAAGAUGGCCACGUCAGAGGGGAUUACGUGACGGUGAGAGGCACAGAGCGACGGGUGAAGCAAUACCUGGCCAUCCCCUUCGCCCGGCCCCCCGUGGGGCCCCUGCGCCUGGCUGCUCCCCAGGACGCUGAGCCCUGGGAGGGGGAGAGGGACGGCACACGGCAGCCCCCCAUGUGCAUCCAGGAUCCAGAAAUCGUGGUGAACGUCUCGAAGAUCAUGUCGGUGCAGUACGUCCCGUCGGAGCUCUCGGAGGACUGUCUGUACCUGAACGUCUACACCACCGCCGAGGCCAAACCAGGGGACAAACUGCCGGUGAUGGUGUGGAUCCACGGCGGAGGCCUGGCGAUGGGUGCGGCCUCUCAGUACGACGGCGCCCCGUUAGUUGCUUACGAAAACAUAGUGGUGGUUAUUAUCCAGUAUCGCCUCAACAUUCUGGGAUUCCUCAGCACUGGGGACGAACACGCUCAGGGAAACUGGGGUUUCCUGGAUCAGCUGGCAGCUCUGAGGUGGGUGCAGGAGAACGUCGAGGCCUUUGGAGGCGACCCGCAAACUGUGACGGUCGCCGGAGAAUCGGCCGGAGGCAUCAGCGCCUCCAUACUGACUCUGUCUCCUCGAGCCAGAGGGUUGUUCCACAGGGCGAUCUUUCAGAGCGGCGUGGCCACACUCGGGACGUACACCACAAGUCAACCUCUGGGUUACGCCAAGAUUGCAGCCAACCUGACUGGAUGUGAUCGCAGCAGCACAGAGGAGCUGGUCCAGUGUCUGAGAGGGAGGAGUCAGGACGAGUUGGUCGAGGCCGCGAGAAAGCUGAAGAUUUACCUGGGAGGGGUGGUGGACGGCGACUUCCUCCCCGACGGAGCGGAGGAGCUGCUCAAGAGGAGAGAGAUGCUGAAGGUUCCAGUGAUGAUGGGAAUAACCAACCACGAGUUUGGAUGGAUCCUGCCUCAGAACUUUGCGCCUCCUGGCUGGGAGAACGGUAUGACCAGAGAGUCGGUGCUGGCAGUGAUGAGCAAGUUCUAUCCCACAGGGGUCGCCUCCGUCAACAGCCUCAUCGCAGACGAAUACCUGAGAGACGCCAAGACGCCGGAGGACAUCAGAGACGGCUUCACGGAAAUCAUCGGAGACCUGCUCAUGACGCUGCCGGUCGUCUCGGUGGCCGGUUACCACGUGGAUGCGGGUGUUCCAGUUUACAUGUACGAGUUUGUUUACCGCGCCGAGAUACACAAACACACCCGACCCAGCUUUGUGAAGGCGGAUCACGCAGACGACGUCGGCAUAAUGUUCGGCGGAUGUUUCUGGAACGGACCGAUCAAGAUCACAGGCAACAUCACCAAGGACGAUGAGAGACUCUGUCGGACCAUGAUGUCGUACUGGGCCAAUUUCGUCCGUAAUGGCUCUCCCGACGCUCCCGGUCUGGUCAGCUGGCCUCAGUAUUCCCGACAGACGCAGGACUACAUGGAGCUGGGCCUGGUCCAGACGGUGAGACAGAAGCUGAGGGACGACAGAGUCCACUUCGCCACCGUCACCCUCCAGCAGAAGCUGAAAGAGUUGGCAGCAGCAGCAGCCAAACCUGGGAACUGACCUCUGCAGGCGGCCGUACUGUACACCAUAACUAGUAUGCGGUUAUUUGCUGCCUGGACCAACUUGUCUCUCUUGUAGAAUAUGGAUUUACUGGGCAUUUUUUUUCCAAGUCUUAAUUUCAUGUGUGUUUUUUCAACAUGUAUUUCAUAACAUAGCUGCAAUUAAAGGAAAUAUACUUUCACCACAAAUAAAUAAAAAUGCUUGUCUUAGUCUAA